AUGUCACAACCACCUGCUCCUACCCCUGUCACAAGACGAGGGGCAAUCCCAACCAACAUGGUAACUUAUAAAGGCCGAAAAAUACCAGCUCGUAUAGACCCAGAAGCUCGUGUAGCUUAUAUAGUCGAAAUCAUGUCUACUUCUUUUGGCACGAAGGAACAUCAUAUCACACUUUGUCUGAGGGACGAAGCGGAUAAUUUGGUAACUCAGAAUAACUUACCUAGUAAAGUGUACAACCAUGAUGUUCUAAAGCUAGUACCUUCACCAGCGACAGAAGCACUAUUAGUGGUAACCUCUCUGAAAUCAUCCAUUCACCGUAUAUCUCUAGGAGACAGUACGGUGGAUGUACCUAGUUCAGCAGAUGCCAUACCACUCAAAUUGGCUUUGUUCAAUUUACAGAAAUACAUCAAAGAGGAAGAUUUUGCUGUGGAGUUCAUGUUGAAGGGAGGUAUGAGGAUGUUGGUCAAGUUUUUGGAGAGAGGUGAAGGUGGUUUGACAGGAAAUAGUCUAGCUUACGCUUUACAAGGUAUUCGAGGUAUAUUAGAAUUCGAAUCAGGUUGGGGCGAUUUAUCCAAUACCUUCAUCGACAGGAUACUCAAUAUCGUCAUUACUGCAACUCAACCUAACAUCCUUCGACCAAGUACAGCUAUUAUACGUAAACUGGUCAUAUCUUCUCCUCAAUUAUCGUCAAAUGGAAACAAUAAUAAUAUCCCAGGAAUGAAAUUACCUUCUACGCCUUAUGGACAAACUAAGAAAGAUCGUAAAGGAAAGGCCAAAGAGCAGUCCAAUGGGAACGGUAACGGUAACGGUGAUGGAUAUGGAUUUGACAGGAUAUAUAAUAGAAUUAAACGUCUUAUACCAGAAGCGGAAGGGAACAACGGACUGAAUGGUGUGGAGCUAUUCUUCAAGGUUGUGGUCAAGAGGCUGGAAGGUACCGGUGAUCUGGAACUGGUAGCUCAGAGCUUGGGUUUGAUCAACUCGUGCCUUCGAUCAGGACAUCAAGACAACUCGAAACAGUAUCCUGAACUGGUAGCCAUUUUGGAACAUCUCAGUGUACGACGAUACGUGUCGCGUCUCAUGCCAACUUCCCAGAAUAACGUUGUGGAACCUCAAAUACUUAAUUUCCAAGCCCGUUAUGGUGUGAUUUUACAAAACACUCGACUCAGACCUGUUCGACCAGGAACAAACCCCCACCAGGAAAAGAUGUUACGCGAAUUAUGGGAAUACGGUCGACUAGCACAAGAACAAGAUCUAACGACCUCGAAUGGACACAGGAAGACAGGUAUGGCGAGGACUGCAGCUGGAUGGCAGAAGAUUGGGUUAUGUCUUGAUGGAGAGGACGAAGCUGGGUUCAUGAUGGAGAUGGAGAUGUUCAGGGAUGUAGGUGAAUUAGGAUUGGAAUGUUUGCACUAUUUCGCUACCCAUGAAGAAAGCUUCCAUAAUCUCGUCAUGGAACAACAAGCUAAACCCGCUGAAAGGCGUUGUCCGAUUGGUAAAGCAAGUCAUGAGUGCGUCAAGAUAUUAUGCGAGCAUUAUAAAGUAUCUCAGGCAGGCCAUCACUCCCCAUCGAAUUUUCAAUUAUUUCUAUUGAAUUUCUCGAAAUUGCAUCAACUGGUAUUACGCUUUUUUCUGAGAAUGUGGUCAGAAUCAGCUUCUCAAGCACCAGAUUUCCCAAAAGUCUCAUUUCUCGUCAGAUCACAAAUUCGCUUGUCCCUUUCUGACGAAGGGAACAAAACUUGGUUGAACUUGGAACAGGACUUCCUAGCUACUGAGUAUAGGACGAUAAGGGAUAGACAGAUGGAAUUACUCGAGAAGGAAGAUGGCAUGAUGUCUAGAUUGGCUGUUAGGGAGUUGAGGGAUAAGCUGGGUAGGGAAGGCUAUGAGGUCCUUUCGGAGCAGAGAAUCGGAUGUAUGCUUCAAGGCGGUUGGUUCAACUCUGCUCAGGUCAUCGUACCAGGUGUGAUGUCAAGCGUCAGACCAAAUGCACAGAAACCAUUACGAUUCUUGCGUUUGUCACCGAAUCGACGUGUGAUCGCAUGGGACGAGUUCUCCCAGAGAAUCGAUAAUCCACCAUUUGAAUCGUUGAGAGAACGAAUCGAAAUUUCGUCUAUCACCUCUGUUCGACCUCAGACAGGCUGCGCAGUCAACUCGAGAUCGCCCAACUUGGUAUCCAAGCUAUCAUUCUCGAUAAUAGGUGAAGGCGAUGCGAGUUUGUUAGAUCUUGAUGCGAUCCAUGCUGCUCAAUUGGCAGAAUGGACGGAUGGUAUUAGAGUGUUGAGAGGGGAAAGUGGGAUGGCGAGUAAAGAAUCGGCUGACUAUAUUCAUAUAUUGGCUGAAUUAGCGUUGAAAGUCAGGCUUUUGGAUAUUACUGGUGACGGUGUUGAAAUACCUGAGAAGAUCACUUUUGGACCUGCUCCCAGGAGUGUAGAUUUUGUAUUUGCAAAGUGA